AUGAAGAUCCCAACCACCCUCACCUCACUGGCAGUGUUGACACUGGUCAAUGGCCAGAUAACCUCCUGGGGAAACGGCACCGUGGCAUGCCUCAAGCCUGGUGGAUCGUUCUGCCUUGGCGAUUCUCUUGCAACCGACUACAUUGUCAAGUGUGACGACAAGGGAGUUGCCCAGGUGUCGUCUUGCUGUGAUAUUCUCGCCGCCAAAUUCCCUCUUGAAGCCCCCGGCACUUGCUGGCAGACUUCCCCCAACAGCGGAGACGCUGCCUGUGAGAAGAACUGUGUGGCCUACUGCGGAACCAAUACAUUUGUUCUGCCUACCCAGCAGUGUACACCUUCGACCACCAAGACUCCAUCCGGAGCUGCCACGCCUUGCCCCCCAGGUGUCGCUACCACUCCGCUUGCACCUGGAGAGCCUCAAGUUACGACUCCGGGUAAUCCAGGCGAACCCACUGCUCCUGGAAUCCCUGGUGUUCCCACCGAUGCACCUCCCGUUGCUCCUGGUCAGCCUGACAUCCCAGCUACCUCAAUUCCUGGUCAACCUGAUGUUCCGGCUACUCCUGUUCCUGGACAGCCUCCGAUCCCUCCACCCGCCGGUUCCGGUCUGCCCCCAGUUGAGCCUACGGUCAUACCGACUGCACCAACGGCUAGUGUUCCAGGCGGCGGAGUCCCGACAGGUACAGCCACCGGUCCGGGCAACACGCCACCUCCCAUCGCUACAUCCCCUCCUCAGGGAACUGAACCUCCAAUGGUCCCAACUGGGGGUGCUCCAGUCGUCGAGCAAGCUGGUGUAGCUAUGGCCAUCGUCGGCCUCGCAGCUGUCUAUCUCCUUUGA